GCCGGACGCGACCGGUGUCCUCGAGUCCGGCGCCGGGACGCUGGGCCUGCGGUCCGUACUCGAGUGUCCGGAACGGUGGCGACACCGGCUUCUCCUUGGUGCAGAGGGCUUCAGGCGCCAAGCAGGGACGUCCGCGCGUGAGCCGGCCGGAGCCCGGCGUGGAUUUUUCCACCCAGGCACAUCAGGGGCACUGCCAUCUCCUUUGCAAGGCCUGGAAGCAGAGCUUCCUGUUGCCACCAUGGUCAACAUCAACGAGCUGCCCGAGAACAUUCUGCUGGAGCUGUUCACCCACGUCCCGGCCCGCCAGCUGCUGUGUAACUGCCGCCUGGUCUGCAGCCUCUGGCGAGACCUCAUCGAUGUGGUGACGCUAUGGAAGCGCAAGAGCCUGCAAGACGGCUUCAUCACCGAGGACUGGGAAGAGCCCGUGGAAGACUGGAAGAUCUUCUAUUUCCUGUGCAGCCUACAGAGGAACCUCCUUCGGAACCCGUGUGCUGAAGAGAACAUGGAAUCGUGGCGGUUAGACUACAAUGGUGGGGAUGAGUGGAAGGUGGAGAGCCUCCCUGGUGCACAUGGCACAAACUUUCCUGACCCCAGGGUCAAGAAAUAUUUCGUCACUUCUUAUGGCAUGUGCCUCAAGUCCCAGGUGGUGGACCUCAAAGCUGAGGGCUACUGGGAGGAGCUGAUGGACACCUUCCGGCCCGACAUUGUCAUUAAAGACUGGUUUGCCCCCAGAGCAGACUGUGGCUGCACCUAUCACAUCCGGGUACAGUUGGCCUCGGCCGACUAUAUCAUUUUGGCCUCCUUCGAGCCUCCACCCGUGACCAUCGAGCAGUGGAAUGAUGCCACGUGGAAGGAGGUCUCCCAUACCUUCUCAGAUUACCCUCCAGGCGUCCGCCACAUCCUCUUUCAACAUGGGGGCCAGGACACCCAGUUCUGGAAAGGCUGGUACGGGCCCCGCGUCACCAACAGCAGCAUCAUUAUCAGCCACAGGACAGCCAAGAACCCCGCCCCUGCCAGACCUCCGCCUGAAGAUGCCCUAGUGAUGGGCGGAAGACACCCUUCUUUGGAUGCAGAAAUCCAUCCUUUGGUAGACUUUCUCUGACAGCCAUCUGUCCACCUCUGCCGGCAGUCAGGUCCCCAGUCCCAGGAGCACCUGCCCUACAUCAAGCCGGCAAACCCAUCAAGCCGGCCUUGACAUUUUGUUGUAAUAAAUGUUGUAAUAAAUGUUUUCAGUAAAUCCAA